AUGGAGCGAUAUUAUAAAACAAAAUCAAGCGUAGAAUCAUCAUCUUCACCAAUUCAUGACAACUCUCCAAAACAGAGUCAUAUAGAAAUCAACUUGCUAGACCUUCCUGAAGAUCUAGGGCUACGACCCCUGAUUAAGGAUUAUCAUCGUAGCAACCGAGAACAAGUUCGUCGGGUUUAUGUAUUAAAAGGCCCUUGUCAACCUCAUGAUCACAAUUUUCCACGAAGGAAAAUCAGGCAAUCAUCAAGAAGGUUUAACCCUUCAUGGUUUGCUGAAUUUGGUAGUUGGUUGGAGUAUAACAUAGCUAAAGAUGCUGCAUUUUGCCUUUGUUGUUACCUUUUCAAACCCAUCGUAGAAGACCAAGGGGGUGGUAAGUCCUUUGUUGUUGAUGGGUUUUCAAGUUGGAAGAAGAAAGAAAGGUUGCAAGGUCAUGUGGGAGAUCAAAAUGAGAAUCUCAGAGCUGUUUUGUCAAAAGAUGUUCCUGAACUCCUUAAGUUGACAUCACCUAGUAUUCAAAAGGAUAUUCUUAAUGCCAUUGUGGUUGAAACUACCAAUGCUAUUGUUAGAGAACUUGGUGAUGGCUUGUUCUCUAUUGUCUUUGAUAAAUCUUGGGAUGCAUUAAUGGACGAGCAAUUGAUUGUGAAAAAUCUAGAAAUCCCCUAG